AUGCUUUCAACACUUCCAUUCACACAAACCAAACAAAAAUCAUCAAUGGCGAAUCACAAUGAUUAUUUCACACACGACAUAUUUCUGAGUUUCAGAGGCGGAACUCGCUACUCCUUCACGGAUCAUCUCUAUCACUCUCUUCUCCGUCAUGGAAUCAACGUCUUCAGAGACGAUCAAAACAUCAACAUCGGUGAUGAAAUCGGAACUUCACUUCUAAAAGCAAUUGAAGCUUCUAGAAUCUCAAUCGUUGUGUUGUGCCGUGAUUAUGCUUCUUCCACUUGGUGCCUUGAUGAACUAGUCAAGAUCGUUGACUGUUAUGACAAAAAUAGAAAAUCAGUAUUUGUUAUUUUUUAUAAGAUAGAACCUUCAGAUGUUAGGUAUCAGAGGAAUAGUUAUGAAAUUGCAAUGAUGAAACAUGAAAAUAGAUUUGGAAAGGAAUCGGAGAAGGUGAAAGCAUGGAGGUUGGCUUUGAAUCGUGUUUGUGCUCUCAGUGGAUUACAUUGCAAAGAUAAUAUCUAUGAAUAUGAGUUUAUUGAGAAGAUUGUCAAAGAGAUCUCAGCUAAACUACCUCCCAUACCUUUACAAAUUAAACACCUAGUCGGACUCGAUUCUCGUUUCGAACAGGUGAAGUCUCUUAUUGAUACCAAUUCUGAUGAUGCUGUUUGCAUGUUGGAAAUCUAUGGAGGUGGUGGAAUAGGAAAAACAACGUUUGCUUGGAAUAUAUAUAGCAAGAUCAGUCAUCGAUUUGAAGCUACUAGUUUUCUUGCUAAUGUUAGAGAAAAAUCUAAUGAAAGCACUAGGGGACUGGAAGAUCUCCAAAGGACACUUCUGUCUGAGAUGGGUGUGGAGACACAAACCAUGAUUGGAAGCACAUCUACAGGAAGCUCUGUAAUAAAAUGCAAGCUUUCUAACAGAAGAGUUCUUCUGAUACUCGAUGAUGUUGAUUCGGUAAAACAAUUGGAAUCAUUAGCUGGAGGACAAGAUUGGUUUGGUUCUGGUAGCAUUGUCAUUGUAACAACAAGAGAUAUCGAUGUUCUACAUAAGCAUAAGCAUGAUAUUAAAAUCAAAACAUAUAAAUUUGAAGAGCUAAAUCAUCAUGAAUCCACUGAACUCUUCUGUUGGUAUGCCUUUAAUAUGAGUAGACCUGUAGAAAACUUUGAAAAAAUCUCUUCUCAAGCAAUAAGUUAUGCAAAAGGUAUUCCAUUGGCUUUAAAAGCAAUAGGAUCCAAUUUGAAAGGUAAGAGCAUAGAGGAAUGGGAUAUUGAAUUGCAGAGAUAUAGAAAGGUUCCAGAUGCUGAGAUUCAGGGUGUAUUGGAAAUCAGCUACAAUGGCCUAUCUGACUUGGAACAAAAAGCUUUUCUGGACAUUGCUUGUUUUUUCAAAGGGGAAAGAUGGGAUUAUGUUAAAAGGAUACAAGAAGCUUGUGAUUUUUUCCCAGUUAUACGAGUAUUUGUUAGUAAAUGUCUCUUAACUGUUGAUGAAAAUGGUUGUAUAGAAAUGCAUGAUUUAAUACAAGACAUGGGUAGAGAGAUUGUUCGGAAGGAGUCGACAUCAAACCCUGGUGAACGCAGCAGAUUAUGGUCUCAUCACGAUGUUCUCGGUGUACUGAAAGGAAACUUAGGAAGUACCACAGUUGAAGGAAUAAUGCUUCAUCCCCCAAAACAAGAGAAAGUAGAUCAUUGGGCCUAUAAUGCCUUUCAAAAGAUGAAAAACCUCAGAAUUUUGAUUGUAAGGAAUACAUUGUUUUCAUUUGGACCUAGUUAUUUGCCGAAUAGUUUACGGCUACUUGAUUGGAAGUGGUACCCAUCGAAGAAUUUCCCGCCAGAUUUUUAUCCAUACAGAAUGGUUGACUUCAAGUUGCCUCAUAGCUCGAUGAUAUUGAAAAAUUCAUUUCGGAUUUUUGAGGACUUGACAUUCAUCAAUCUCUCCCAUAGUCAAUCCAUAACUCAAAUUCCUAAUCUGUCUGGAGCUAAAAACUUAAGAGUGCUUACGGUUGAUAAAUGCCAUAAACUUGUAAGGUUUGAAAAAUCCAAUGGAUUUUUGCCUAAUCUGGUGUAUUUAAGUGCUUCAGGGUGCAGUGAGCUCAAAAGUUUUGUGCCAAAAAUGUAUUUGCCCUCCCUUCAAGAGCUUUCAUUUAAUUUCUGCAAAAAAUUUAAACACUUCCCGCAAGUAAUGCAAAAGAUGGAUAAGCCAUUAAAGAUUCACAUGAUAAGUACCGCCAUUAAGGAGUUUCCAAAGUCUAUUGGUAACCUUAAAGGCCUGGAGUAUAUGGACAUGUCAAUUUGCAAAGGGCUCACAGAGCUAUCAAGUAGCUUCUUAUUGCUACCAAAACUGGUCACUUUAAAAAUUGAUGGAUGCUCUCAAUUAGGAAUAUCAUUUAGAAGGUUUAAAGAGCGCCAUUCAGUGGCAAACGGCUAUCCAAAUGUAGAAACACUUCAUUUUAGUGAGGCGAAUCUAUCAUAUGAAGAUGUUAAUGCCAUUAUUGAAAAUUUUCCAAAACUGGAAGACUUGAAAGUUUCGCACAAUGGGUUUGUAGCCCUCCCAAAUUACAUCAGAAGAUCUCUGCACUUGAAAAAUCUUGAUGUGAGCUUCUGCAGGAAUCUUACAGAAAUUCCAGAACUUCCCUCAAGUGUUCAGAAAAUAGAUGCAAGACACUGUCAAUCCUUAACUCCUGAGGCAUUAAGUUUUCUCUGGUCUAAGGUUUCACAAGAGAUCCAAAGAAUACAAGUUGUAAUGCCAAUGCCGAAAAGGGAGAUUCCAGAAUGGUUUGACUGCAAACGCAGUCAAGAGAUUCCGCUUUUCUGGGCUCGCCGGAAGUUUCCCGUUUUUGCUUUAGCAUUAGUGUUCCAGGAAGCAAAAAAGACAGACAGUAGGUCAAUGUUUUAUGAAGGUAUGAAUUUGUUUACUGGAUUCAAAAGCUGGCACACUGUUAGCCUCCAUUUGUUUAUGGACGGCAAAGAAAUUUGUGGCAGGGAUUGCCAUUAUUUCAUUGUUGGCUCAGAUCAUGUACUAUUGUGUGAUCUGCGAGUUUUGUUCAGUGACGAAGAGUGGCGGGACCUUGAUAGAAGUAUUGGAGACGAAUGGAAGGCCGUUCAGGUUCAAUAUGAUUCAGACUUGAUUCUGACUAAUUGGGGAGUUUAUGUUUACAAGCAAGAAACAAGCAUUGAUGAUAUCCAAUUUAUACCUCCCAAUCACAAUUCAUUUUCCUACAUGGAAUCGUCGUGUUUGGUUCCAAAGGGAUCUGCGGAGCAACAAUUUAAACAUGUGUUGGAAAGUUUCAAUCCAAGAGACAUGUUUCAUGAUUAUAUGCCUUUAUUUGAAUCAGAAGAAGGUCCAGUCAGGUCUUUAAAAGUGCUUUUGCGGUCUUUGAGGAAUGCCAAGGCUGAAGUUAUAGAGCAGACUUCCUCAUCUGCCUAUGGGGUAAGUCUAAAGCAAGACGAUGAAGAUUCUGUAGAGGAUGUGAUUCAAGUAUUAGAGAUGAUAAAAGAGAAUUUAUCAGAAAAUUUUGCUGAUUUAUCUCCUGAAGAUAUUCAAAUUGCAGGCGGAAUUUUGGAAAAAAUAUUGAGGGCACGGGUAGAAUUAACGAAGGAAAAUAGCUUGGACAUUAGUAUGCCUAUUAUACUAGAGUAUACUGAUGCAUCGAGAGCUACUAAUCGACGCUUUUGGGGAAUCAUGGAGAUAAAAUUGGGAGAUCCAUUUUACAAACCAGUGUUGAGGAGGCAAAACAAAAUUUCCUGGGGACUUGGGACGUAUGAGCCGAGGGUAAUCAUUGUUGAAUUGAAAUGCCAGCCUGCAGAUACAGAGGAAGCUUCAAGCUCUAGCCUUGAAGAAUCCUUGGAGGAAGGAAACUACAAUCCUGAAUUGGAAGAGUUAAUGAGGAGGAUAGAGCAAGAUGCUAUGACCUUGAAUAAAUCUUAUGGGAAAAUGAAGGCAUCUAUUGUUCAAACUGAUGAGUUCAUUUCAGAAAAUUAUCUAUUGGAAACAUUAAUCUUCAGAAGACUGUGGAUUUUGGGAAAAUUGACAAUGUUUGGAUUAGUGACCAAGUUCAAGGUCACAUCUUAUGGGAAGAUGAGGGCAGAGGAUGAACCUUUCCGCAGACUGAGGAGAUUUUUCUGGGGUUUGAUCUUGGGUCUUCUUGCCCUAAUUUUAUUGUCAGUUUAUUUAUUUGUACGUGUGUGCCUUUAUUUGUAUAGGAUGCCAAUGAUAAGGAAGUUAGUAGGGUGGGGUUGGUGGCUUGUCAAGCUUAUUUUUUUGACUUGUAGGAAGUUAAAAAGGGGAAUUGGCAAGAUUAUUAAGAGAAUAAAAGAGAAGGAAUUGUAGUGGCAGAAUGUUUGUACUUUUGUUCACAAAAGUUAUGUUGGUGGAAGGUCUAUAGCUUUGUCCAUCAGGGUUUUACAUUUUUGCACUAGGAGAGGAUUUGUCUUGAAUUGCAUUCAGGUAUGACUAAGGUGAUUGAAUGGACAUGGUGAUGGAUGAGAAUGAGAAGCGAAUGAGUCAUUUUGGAAUAUUGCACUAGAAAGAAAAGUUCUUGUGCGUGUGUGUUUUGUUUGAUUGGAUUGAAGUCAUUAUGUAGCAUUGAGGAUGCGAAACAAACAGUUUCAGUGUUUGAUAGGUUUGUAAGUCUCAUAUAGUGAUAAAGUCCUAGUUGUAUAUUAAGAAUGAAAGA